GAACACCUGUACUACACUAAUGAUACAUAUACUGAGUUGCAGGGUACUUCGCGCCCAUGGACAACGCAGGGCCACACGCAGCAUCAGUUCCAUCAGGAGCGUCUAUCUUACGAGCAGUACGAAGAGCGGCUACCUUAUGGCCAACAUGCACGAAUAACACAGAAGGCGGACAAUCGGGAGAACAACGAUCGUUGGGAGCGCAUGGAAAAGAGACUUACGAAGAUGGAAACCAUGCUGGAAAGGAUCCUGCAAUGCGUCGAAAGUAACCAACGUUCUUCAACAUCCUCCAAGCUGGAUAUUCUUUCGAUAUCAUCGGUAGCAGAAUUGCGUGCGUUUGAGGACAUCGAUGAAGAGACUUACUGCAAAGUCAUGAAUUAUUUCCACUACAUCGGCAGUUUUAACCUGAAGGAAGCGAUCAAUUUAUGCUUCAAGGAGAGUCUCCAGGACGCUUUCACGCCGUGUUUGACCUGGUGGGGCCGCGAGAAGCAAUAAGAAGCAUUAUAUAACACCCGUCUGACGAAGGCUAUCUAUGAUGCUGCAUGCCGUAGCCGGUACUUUCAGAGACCUCAACGUUCCGAGUUCCAAAUACAGAUGCGAGACGCUCUUCGGACAGCGAAGGAACGACACCGCCACAGAGGACGUAAUCAAC